AUGAUCCCGCUGGCUAUUGGUGGUAUUCUCGAAGUCAUCGGAUACGCAGGUCGAGCCAAAUCUGGAGGAGAGAGCCCUAACUGGACACUUGGCCCGUAUAUCAUCCAAGCCAUCCUUCUACUCGUUGCCCCGGCUCUCUUUGCAGCAACAAUCUACAUGGAGCUUGGACGGAUUGUUAUCAUGGUGGAGGGGGAAUCACGUACCAUGAUCCCACACAGGUGGUUGACUAAAAUAUUUGUUGUUGGAGAUGUUCUCUCGUUUCUCUUCCAAGGAGGAGGCGGAGGCUGUCAAUCCUCCGUUAGCUUGGAAGCGUUACAUAACGGCGCCAAAGUUAUCAUCGUCGGCCUCUUCAUCCAACUGAUCUUCUUUGGCCUUUUCGUUGUUAUUGCUGUGGUAUUUAACCGCUCGGUUAAUGUGUCUCCGACGGGGCGCUCGCAUGUGGUUCCCUGGAAGAAGCAUAUGUAUGUUCUGUAUGUUGGCAGUCUGUUGAUCAUGAUCCGAUCAGUCUUCAGAGCUGUCGAAUACCUUCAAGGGUUUGAUGGGUACCUGCUCAAACAUGAGAUCUACCUAUAUAUUUUUGACGCCGUUCUCAUGCUUCUGGUCAUGGUUAUAGUCAGUUGGCAUCAUCCUGCUGAGAUUUCGGCAAUCAUCUCGCAAAGGGGCAACGGCUACGGAUUAAAAAUGGGCCCAGUUUCUACUGGACACAGCCGUUUGGCGUCAGACGUAUAG